AUGAAGCGAUUGGGGAGUCUGUUUAGUUUCAAAAUAAUAAUAUGCGCCGCGUACGCACUCAACCUCGACUUCUUGGAUCCGAGCGUGUUGCAGACGAGAAAAUCGGCGAGGGUCCAGCAAGAUGCGGCUACCGCGAUUAUAAACAAAUACAUGGAUGCAGUCAACGUGACGGUCGAUCCGCUUUUGUUCCGUGACAACAAGGACGUGUUCUCUAUACGUACGGCGGACGGACUGUUGCACAUCAGGGCGAGCACGGGAGUAGCGGCGGUCUGGGGUUUUAACUACUUCUUGAAGAAGUACUGCAAGAGCCAAAUAGCGUGGCAGGUGCAACGCGUGGUGAUACCGAGCCCUCUUCCAGAGGUCAACGAGCUGGUCGAAGCGAGUGACAGGUUCCGAUACUAUCAAAACGUUUGCACCGCGUCGUAUAGCUUCGUGUGGUGGGAUGUCGGCCAGUGGGUGCAGCACGUCGAGUGGAUGGCGUUGAACGGUAUCAACCUGGCACUGGCGCCGGUCGCCCAGGAGGCCGCCUGGGCGCGCGUCUACCGGAAGCUGGGUAUGACUGACGACGAGAUAGACGAGCACUUCACAGGCCCUGCUUUCCUCUCGUGGCUGCGAAUGGGCAACGUACGUGGCUGGGGCGGCCCGCUGCCCAAAUCGUGGCACGACCGCCAGCAGAACAUCCAAGACGCCGUGGUGGACCUAAUGUACCGGCUCGGAAUCGUGCCGGUGCUGCCGGCAUUCAACGGCCACGUACCUAAAGCGUUCUCCAGGCUUUAUCCCAACACGUCCUUCUAUUCCGUAGACAGUUGGAACAAAUUCAGCGCGGACUAUUGCUGCGGCCUGUUCGUCAAUCCACGCGAAGCUCUGUUUAAGGAAAUUGGCGAGAAGUUCUUUAGGGAGUUGAACGUCGGCAGUAGUUCGAUUUUCACGGCGGACCCCUUCAACGAAGUCAAGAUACAGCCGUGGUCGACAUCACUAGUGAAAGACACGGCGUCCGCCAUAUUCUCCAUGAUAAAUAAAUUUGACAACAAAGGUGUGUGGUUAGUACAAAACUGGAUGUUCGUGCACGAUCCAAUUCUUUGGCCUUUACAAAGGGUGAAGUCGUUCUUGCAGUCGGUUCCAAAUGGCCGCAUGUUAGUGCUGGACUUGCAAUCUGAGCAGUGGCCGCAAUAUAAUCUGUAUCAAAUGUAUUACGGACAACCUUUCAUUUGGUGUAUGCUGCACAACUUUGGUGGAACGUUAGGUAUGUUCGGUAACAUGAAGACGAUCAACAAAGAUGUGUACGAUACGAGGAAUCGGGAGGAUACUACAAUGAUAGGGAUUGGAUUAACCCCUGAAGGCAUUAACCAAAACUAUGUGGUUUACGAUCUGAUGCUGGAAGCGGCAUGGCGUAAAGAACCAGUACAGGACCUCAAGGAUUGGGUUGCGGACUACGCGGAAAGGAGAUAUGGCUGCAAUAACACUGCUAGCGCAUGGAGAUAUUUAUUGAAAAGCGUAUACAGCUUCGACGGGCUCAACAACGUAAGAGGAAAAUAUGUCAUAACACGCAGACCUAGCUUUAAAAUAAGACCAUGGUCUUGGUACAGAAGCAUUGAUCUGUUUACCGCAUUCGAGAAGUUCGUUUUGGCCGCUAACGAUGGUUGCGACUCGCCUGGCUUCUUACACGAUCUGGUUGAUGUAACGCGACAAGCUUUGCAGUAUAGGGCCGAUCAAAUAUAUCUGGACCUUCUGAAGGAUAGGUUUUCUAACUUUUGGGUGUUCUUCGCUAGCAUUGUCAGAUUUGCCGACGUGUUGAAUGAUUUGAGAGAUAUAUUAUUAACCAAUAGCGAUUUCUCACUAUUGCCCUGGCUGAAAGCGGCCCGCGACGCGUCUAAUGAUGCGCCAUUUCUGUACGAGCUGAAUGCUAAGGCUCAAAUAACGCUAUGGGGUCCUAACGGAGAAAUAACGGACUACGCUUGCAAGCAAUGGGGAGAGUUGGUCCAUAAUUACUACCUUCCGCGAUGGUCCCUAUUCUUAUUAAUGGCGUUGGACGCGAAUCUUCAAAGGAUAACUUUCGACCAGGAAGCUGCGCAGAAGUUUGUCAGGGCCAACAUAGAAGAACGAUUCCUGUCCUUGGAAAUAAAACCGUUGCCAACAAACGACACCAAGAGUGUUGCCGCACUUUUAUACGAGAGAUGGGGGUUCGUUCCUAAUCUACCUGAAGUGCCAAUAUCCAUUAUUAGAGACAUUCCCGAGAGAAGAACCACGCUUGCCGACCUAGAUUCUACUGAAGAUGACACAGUUGAUGAGCCGACUGUCAUACAAUGGCAUUCAACGACUCCUAUUGGU